GAGUAACUGAAUAUCACCAAAGUAUUUUGACACGAUAGACUUACAUGCGAUCCAGAGGAAGUGGAGACGGUAGAAAAACUACCAGGGAACGAACCUAGCGAAACUGUGCCGCAAAUUCGGGCAUCCGACGGGGCUAACCUGCAUGGCGUACACGUAUGCUCUGCGUAUCGUCAGUGAACGAAGCCCGAACUGGAUAGUUGCGUCACGGCAUGGUGCCACAUUCUCUUCCAUGCCCAUGUGACUGACGUUGUCAGCCUCAACCGAUGGCGCGGCGCAAGGCAGCUGCCUCAACAUUCGAUGAGCCCGCGAAUGCUCGUGGUUCAUCUCAUACCCUCAAAUAAAACUCAUGUCGUGAGAUGAAUCAUUUGGUUUGAUUUGAGUCUACACAAGCUCUCCUGUCUCAUUCAGAGCGAUCACGGAGUUCAGUUCAAAUUCACGCUAGAGGACCGGGGUUCAAAAAUCAAGAUGCCUUCCAAGGACCUCCAAACUGAGGGGCCACAGAAGGAUGAGGAAAAGUCAAAGUAUGAAGAGACGCCCGCCCUCGAUGACGCGGACUGGGAACAUGUUGGGACGCCUGUUGAUGAAAAAGGGCCAAAUGAUGAAGUGUGUGCGGAAGACAAGGAAACUAGCCUGGAGAGAAAAGCACCCUCCAAGACGACGGAGCACCGGUGGCGGCAGCUUCGAAGACAGGAGGAUGAGGCGAGAGGGAGUGUUGUUCCUGAGCUUGUGAGUUUUUGUUUCUUUUUGAUAUUGCGGGAGAGGUAGUGAAGCUGACGAUGUGUGUUGUCAAUGAUAGCUUUUCUUUCUAGCUGGAUUGUUUUUAUGGGCUUAGAAUCGUUUUGGGGGGGUGUCGGAAAGCGAAAUAUACAACGCUAGGCUCUGAGUAUUGAACGUUCCGACCUAUCCUAUUUCCCUCACUUGUAACAAAGUAGCCAGAAUACCCUAGUCUGUGACUUGGUAUUAUGGCUGUCUCUCUUCCCUCAUGAGACACCAUCGCAACAUAUCAACUACCACCAACGACGUGAAAACGGCAGUCUAAAGGGGG